AUGGCUUCGACAGGAGUAAACAUUGCCCGGUGGUCUGCCUUGGGCGCCGGUGUUUUCUACGGAUUCUACCACCAAAGAUCUCUUACAUCGGCCUCAAAAGCCGCUGCUGUCGACCGAGAAUACGAACACAAGCAACAAUUGAUCCAGCAAGCGAAGGCAGAAUUUGCAAAGAAGAAUGCACCAGCGAGUUCUAAGCCGUCGGGAGGUGCCAUACUAGACCCAAACGAUUCAAAAUUCGACCUGGAGGCGUUGCUGAACAAUCUCGAUGCUGAGGCCAAGUAG